UGUUAUCCUGCACCCUUGGGAUGCUUUCUUCUCCCUCCCCCCUCAUCUUCCCCUGGUUUAUUUAUGAGGGCUGUCAUAAGCGGCCGAGUCCUUUUAAGUUUUUCUGAGAGCUCUUUCAAAUAGCUGCUGGCAACGGAAGUUAAGGGUUGAAGUUGAACGCAAAGCGAGAUCCCCGGGGCCGGAAACGUUGUUGCUAGUGUAGAUUUUGAAUUGAAACUGAAACCAAGAAUGUGGAAUUUUGAGUAAAAAUUUGAAAUUAUAGUAGAGACUGAUAAGUAAUUUAAGAAAAAAUGAAGUUGAUUGUCAAGAGGGUUGUUAAUUUGACAGUACCAUGCUGGUUCUUGGUGCUUUUUUGGACACUUCCAGCCACGGAAGCCGCCGCUUAUGGGAGGAAAAGUAACAAUUGGUGCUCCUACCAAGUGACAAAACUGGCUUCAUGUAAGGAAAGAAAUGGAACCGAAACUUUUGUAGGAAGAGAUUUCCAACGCUGCGGUUACUGGCCGUAUAACGAAAACUGUGGUACUUCAUAUAGAGUGAUGCAAAGGCCGAAAUAUGUUACCACAUACAAAGUCAAAACUGAAACAUUGUGGAAAUGUUGCCCUGGAUACAGCGGCCCCACUUGUGAACCAGAAUGUCUGAAUUGCACAAAAUCCAAGGAUUCCAGAAAGGAUAGUUACAAUGGAAACAAUGUGAAGUGGGACAACAGAGACGACAAAAAUCCAAAAGAUUAUCCGAACCUUCCUCCAUCUUCUCCAAGCGAUGACCCACGAGGUCGCAACAAACCUUACGACUGCCAGUGCCCACAAGGACCACCAGGACUUCCAGGGAUCCCAGGAAGACAGGGACCUAAAGGAGACCCUGGUGAAAGGGGUCUCAAAGGAGAUCCCGGAACUCCAGGAACAGUGUACGUUCCUGAAAUAUCUGGGGAUGACAAUUGGUCUGGUGGGGCGCCUGGAGCACCAGGGUUGCCGGGAUUGGAAGGACGACCUGGCAUUCCAGGACGAGACGGAAUUCCAGGAAUUCCUGGACCACCAGGACAAAAAGGAGAACCUGGAAGGGAUGGUGAACCCGGACUUGUGGGACUUCCCGGACCUCCAGGUCCACCGGGGCCUCAAGGACCCCCCGGUCCUCCAGGAUCAGUAACCAGAGGUGGAGAUGUUUUCGUUCCAAGAAAAGGAGAUGUGGCACCUGAUUUGGAUUAUCAAGAAAACAUAUCUCUGAUGCAGGUGGUUCUAGAGAAUGUACAGAAGACAGUUCAAGAUGUAAAAAAUUUGGAAGCAAGAGUGUCCAUUUUGGAAGUAGCCUUGCCGAAAAUACUUGAACAAAAGGAACGUCCGACGUUCACCACACAAUUCCCUCGCUACGAAGAUCAACCUGUACUGGACCGUUAUGGACGAAUUGUGGAAUAAUUAUAAAUACAAUAAUAAACACAUUUAAAAUCA